UUUGAAACAACUUUACAAAGGGUUUUGUUAUUUUGGCGGUUGGCAUAAACUGGAGUGUGACUGGAUUGGGAUGACCACAAAGGUAGAUGGGGGUGGUGAUGAAGAUGAUAUGGAUUUUGACGAAUGGACUACGGUAGGUAGAGGAAGGGGUAGAGGGAAGGAAAAAGUUUCGAAAGAUGAUAGAGAGAUUGGUAACCUAAAUAGUAAGAGAAGUUUAGAAGAAUAUAGUUCAGAUGAAGAAAACAGAGUGGUUAGGAGGAAAAUGGUAAAUGAGGAGUUUAAGGUAAUACUUAAAUUCAGGAAGGAAGAUAUGAACAUAAACCUCAGUCCGAUAGCAGUGUCUAGAGAAAUAAAAAAGAAAAUAGGGGAGGUUGAGUUUGUAAAAAUCUUGCGAGAUGGUAAUAUGUUGAUAAAAUGUAAGUCUGAAGAACAAAAGAAUAAAAGCAUGCAGAUUGAUAACAUUUGUAAAAAGGUUGUGAGUGAAAAGAAAAUUGUUGGAGAAAACAGAGUAUCACGUGGUGUAAUCACAGGUAUUCCGCUUGAGGAAGAUUUAGAAAAACUUAAAAGAAAUAUACAUGGUGGUGAAGUGCGGAGAUUGAAAAGAUUGUUAAAAUCUGUGGAUGGGGAGAAAAUAGAAAGUUUUUCAAUACUUCUGGAGUUUCAAGGUGAUGUUCUUCCUGAUAAAGUGAAAAUUGGGUUCUUGAGUUUUCCUGUUAGACCUUAUAUUCCUCCUCCCUUGCGCUGUUACAAAUGUCAAAGGUAUGGUCACAUUGCAUCAGUGUGUAAAGGGAAGCAAAGAUGUGCUAAAUGUGGUGGAGAUCAUCGAUAUGAUGAAUGUGGAGCAGAUGUACAGUUGAAAUGUUGUAACUGUGGUGGUCAGCAUAAUGUAGCAUAUGGAGGGUGUGAAGCAAGGAAAAAGGCAGCAGAAAUUCAACAGCUGAAAGUAGUUAAAAACAUUUCUUAUGCAGAGGCAGCAAAAAGUGUUCAAGAAAAAAGAAUAGUUCAGAAAAAUCAGCAAGUGUCUUCUAGUCCAAAUCGUGGACCAAGUCAAAAAACAAUGUCAGGAAUGGAAAUUACAAUGGAUAAAUUAAUUUUAUUCAUGGCUUAUGUUAUUAAUUGUACUGAUCAAGUGAAACAGAAAACUGAAAAAAUCAAGAUUAUAGUGAAAGGUGCAGAAAAAUUUCUAGCUGUGAAGGAUUUAUCUUGGGAGUUGAUAAAUAAAAGGCUUGAAAUAGAUGGGAAGCAAGGUGGAGGAAGAAUUUAAUGCUUAUUUUACAAUGGAAUGCAAGAAGUUUGUUAGCAAAUGGACAAGAAUUUAAAGGAUAUUUAAACUAUUUGAAAAAUAAACCAGAUAUUAUUUGUAUUCAAGAAACAUGGCUUAAACCAGAGUUAGAUUUUGUCA